UUCUCCGCUCCCUUCGCCGCCAUGGAGGAGCCGCGGCUCGUCGGCAGCGUCAACUGCGAGCCGCGGGGAUGGUACUUGUCGGCGCAGGAGCUGGAGGACGGAGCGCCGCUCCUGCCGCCGCCGCCGCCGCCCCCGGGCAGGACAUUUUUGAACCAGACAUCGUCUGGGGCUUCCUUUGGCUUCUCGGUAUUUAAUUUAAUGAAUGCUAUCAUGGGCAGUGGGAUACUUGGAUUGGCAUAUGCCAUGGCCAAGACGGGAAUCCUUGGAUUUAGUGUGUUGCUGCUGACUGUUGCCAUCCUUGCAUCUUAUUCUGUAUUUCUCCUGCUUACUAUGUGCAUUCAUACUGCUGUUACUUCUUAUGAAGAUCUCGGUCUCUUCGCAUUUGGCUCACCUGGAAAGGUUCUUGUGGCCAGCACAAUCGUUAUACAGAAUGUUGGAGCCAUGUCAACCUAUCUUUUCAUUGUUAAGUCCGAACUUCCUGGGGCCAUUGCAGGAUUCCUUAGCGGAGACCACAGCGGCUCCUGGUAUCUUGAUGGGAGAUUGCUGCUGCUUCUUACCUCAGUUUGCAUUGUCUUCCCUCUAGCACUUCUUCCUAAAAUUGGCUUUCUUGGCUACACAAGUAGUUUAUCAUUUUUCUUUAUGGUGUACUUUGCUCUUGUGGUCAUAAUUAAAAAGUGGUCCAUUCCUUGCCCUCUGCCACCAAAGCUCGCUAUGGGGUUCUCCCAGGCCUCAAAUUCUACUGAAGAUUGUAAAGCAGCGCUGUUUAAGUUUUCCGCAGAGAGUGCAUAUGCCAUUCCAACGAUGGCUUUCUCAUUUCUCUGCCAUACAUCAGUGUUACCAAUUUAUUGCGAGCUCCAAAGUCCAUCCAAAAGCAGGAUGCAGAAAGUAGCCAACACUGGGAUUAGCCUGAGCUUUCUGGUUUAUUUUGUGUCAGCGCUAUUUGGAUACCUCACUUUUUAUGACCAUGUGGACUCAGAAUUGCUGCAAGGAUACAGCACGUACCUGCCCCAUGACACUGUAAUCAUGACUGUAAAACUGGGCAUCCUCUUUGCGGUGCUGCUGACGGUGCCCCUAAUCCACUUCCCUGCGAGGAAGGCUGUGAUGAUGGUGUUUUUUUCACAUCUUCCUUUCUCCCUGAUCUGCCACAUUCUUGUCACUUUGGCACUCAAUGCGACAGUUUUCUUGAUUGCCAUGUAUGUGCCUGACAUCAGACACCUUUUUGGAGUGGUUGGCUCAACCACAUCCACCUGCUCUUUUGUGUACCCUGGGCUGUUUUAUCUGAAGAUUAGCACAGAGGAUUUUAUAUCGAGACAGAAGCUUGGGGCAUGUGCACUGCUAGUUCUCGGACUCUUGUUUGGUAUUGUCAGUUUAGUACUGAUCAUUUAUGAUUGGAUUCAUCAGUGAAAUAAUCCCUGCCACCUUUGCAGCAGCCCAAAUGAUCAUUUCCGGCUACGUCU